AUGGGCUACACUAACUAUGUGAAAGAAAACUUACCAGCUAGAAUGUGUGUGAAAAUGACCGCGGCAUUGGCGUUAUUGCCACACCAUUUAAUUGAAAGAGGUUUUGAAAACAUUAAGACUUAUGCUCAAGAUCACCAAGUACAAUUGCGUAGAUUCUUCACAUAUUUUGCCAGUAACUACCAAUGUAUUGUUAUUGGUUCUAUGAACUCGGUUUGCUCACACUGUAAGGCAUUAAAAUACAAAAACGAAGCCAAUGGAUUGUGUUGCGCAAAUGGUAAAGUGAAAUUGAUACCAUUGGAUCCACCACCAGAACCAUUGUACUCAUUGGUUUCAGGAAUAGGAACAGAUUCUAUACACUUUUUGACAAAUAUCCAACAAUAUAACAAUUGCUUUCAAAUGACUUCAUUUGGGGCAACAAAUGUAGUUCGGGAAAAUUUUAUGCCAACUUUCAAGAUACAAGGGCAAAUAUAUCACAGAGCAGGUUCACUGUUACCAGUGUCAGAUAGCGACAACAAAUUCCUGCAAAUUUAUUUUAUGGGCAAUUCACCACAAGAAAUUGAUCUGCGUUGUGCACAUAACAAUUUAGUAAAGUGGUCUAUUGUAGAACAAUUACAAACUUUAUUUCAUCAACACAAUCAAUUGAUUAUAUUGUUUAAAACUGCCCUGGAUCUGAUGCCAUCCGAUAAUCACAAAAUUUUAAUCAGAGCUGAUAAAAACACCUGCAGGUCAACAUACAAGACGUUUUAA